AUGCCACGAGCCCGUGGUCGCGGUUGGGGCAGUAGCCGUGCCCGUAGUCGCAGUCGUGGUUGCGACAGUGGUAGUGGUCGUGGUCGUGGUCGUGCAUGUCAGCGUGCCACUACUACUGAUCUUGGUUUGGAUGAGGCUCCUAUCUCCCCAUCUGAGUUGAUACCGGGAGCUCAGGCUGGUCCCAGUAUUGGAGUCGGUGGUCAGACUGAGGGACAACCUCAUCUUGUUGCAGCUCAGGUAGCCGUACCAGCCAUUCCUACAGCAUCGCUUAUUAUGGAAAAGGCCCGUAUUCCUUUGCUUGCUAGUUCAGCAAAGGAUCGUUUUACGCUGUUCCAUGGAGGCACCGAUCCUUGGGUGGCGCGUACAUGGUUGGAAGAUAUUGAGGGCACUUUUGGAUACAUGUCCUGUUCAGACACAGAGAAGUCUUUUCGAGAGGCGUUCGAGAGACAGUAUUUUCCUGCAGCAUUUUGUGUUGCUCGACGCCAGGAGUUCAUGAGCCUCAAGCAGGGUGAUCGAAGCGUGCUAGACUAUAGUGCAGAAUUUAGCAGACUUGCUGAGUUUUGCCUACAUAUGGUUGCUCAGGACUCAGACCGUAUGUUUCACUUUACACAGGGACUGGCAGCAUAUAUUCGGAUCAGGAUGUCUGGAUUUCCUGUUACUACUUAUCGAGAGGCACUUGAUCGAGCCAUAUUUAUUGAGAUGACUCAGCAGCAAGUCUCUCAAGAAAGAGAAGCCAGCCGACAGACCUCGCAGAGCUCACACUCUAGACAGCAGAGUCGAGGUCGUCGAUCUCGUGGUCAGGAUACGACUAGAGAGUCUUCACAGUCACGAAAGGUGGCCAAAGUAUCACAGGGAUCUAGUCGCCCAGUUCCAUCACAGCGAGGCCAGAUAUCGGUGAAGUGUUUUCAAUGUGGUGCACCAAAUCACCUGGCAUCAGAAUGUCCACUGGAUAAGAGUAUAUGUUUUUAUUGUAAACUGCCAGGACAUAUGCAGAAAGAUUGCACUUUGAAGGCACAACAUCAAGCAGGAGGAUCACAGUCUCAGCAGGCUCGACCUACCUCACGACCUCCACAAUCUCGGCAACAGAAAGGCCCGCAGAGAUCUCAGCAGUCUCAGCCACGAAAUCCCCCACCUACACAGUCUGCUCACCAGCCACAACUCUAUCAUUUGCAGUCCCAGGUGGAGAGUGAGUAUCACUCAGUACCUCCACUUCAGCAGUAUCUGCCAGCUCCAUCUCAACAGUACUUGCCAGCUCCAUCUCAGCAGUAUUUGGUAGCUCCACCCCAGCAGUACUUGCUGCCUCCACCCCAGCAGUACUUGCUACCUCCACCCCAGCAGUAUCAGCCACAAUUAUCUUAUCAGCCUUCGACCCAGUCAUACCAGCCUUCGCAGGAUCAGAGUCAGCCCUCUUCUUCUAUCCAGAGGGGUCAGCUAUCAGGUCUUGAGCCAGGACAUGUUUAUGCUUUGACUCGUGAGGAGGCACAGCGAGCUGUAGGAUCUGUUAUCCGAGCUCUCCAGGCUCAGCAGUUGUUGGCUCGGGGAUGCAAGGGGUAUCUCUUGUCUUUAGUGAGUUCCAAUGUGGAUAGUUCUGUCCAGCUUUCUGAUGUCCACAUAAUACGUGAAUAUCCCGACGUAUUUCCUGAAGAACUUCCUGGCUUGCCACCUCGGCGACAGGUAGAGUUUGCCAUUGAGUUGCUUCCUGACACAGCUUCGAUAUCGAAAGCUCCAUAUCGGAUGGCACCAAGAAAACUGAAGGAACUAAAGAUUCAACUUCAGGAUUUGCUAGACAAGGGUUUUAUCCGUCCUAGUGUUUCUCCUUGGGGUGCUCCAGUGCUCUUUGUUAAGAAAAAAGAUGGAUCCUUGAGGCUCUGUAUUGAUUAUAGGCAGUUAAACUCUGUAACUAUCAAGAACAAGUAUCCUCUACCUAGAAUAGAUGAUUUGUUUGAUCAGCUUAAAGGUACCUGUGUGUACUCAAGAAUUGAUUUAAGAUCAGGCUAUCACCAGUUACGAGUUAGAGAUACAGAUAUUCAGAAGACUUCCUUCCGUACUCGGUAUGGACAUUAUGAGUUUUUGAAGAGGAGCACGAACAACAUCUCAGAAUAG